UACUCUGAUUUCGAAGUUUUCUUAAUACAUCUAACUUCUACAAUAAGUCAAUAACACAUUCACUGCCAGAGAAAAAUUGGCGCACUAAUCCAGAAACCGAUCGUUAUCUAUUCUAUAACAGUUAUCCUGUAUAGCAACCACCCACCUAGCGGGCCAGCAUCUGAGUAAAGUUUACGAGUGCCCACCAAGCGGGUUCGUAGCAGUGGAUGUGUUACCACUAAUAGAAGUAGUAGAGCAAUAUCCGUAUACAUAUUUGCACCAUUUGAAACUGAAAAUGAACUUACCUACUAAAAUAUGCAGUUUUGUUAGUGUUAAGUCGUGUGCAUUAUAGUGAUAUGCCACCAUAUCUCAUUAUCUAAAAAUCACUUCGUCUCAUAUUACUUUCGUUGGACCUUCAGAACAUUUUUCUUAGUUCUUUAUUUCCAUUAUGACUGUGUUGUAUUUACGUCUAUUUUUGGGACAUACAUACCUAAACCAUAGACUAGAAAUUCCAUUAUAUUUGACCUAAACCACGUAAAAACGACAUAUUCGUCAAAACCGACAAGUCGAGUGAGAAAGGAGGCCUUUUCCCUUUAUGAGUUUAAAAGCUUUUUGGGAGCGCUAUGGCAACGUCAGUGAUCACUGUCAAAACGUUUUGUCUAACACUUUACACCGAAAUAUUGUAUUUUAAGGAAAUAUGUGCAAGAAAAAUAAAAAAGAUAUAGCACUUAACCACCCCGCUAUCGUUUGGGGCGUUUGGUACUUAUCCAUAGCCGCAGUGGUGAUGAUCAUUUGUACUUUGCUUUUAUUUGUUUGUGUACCAAUAGUUGUGGAAAUGCUGUGUAUGGACUUACUUCUUUCGCUUUCACUGCUCACUGGGAUCGUAAUGCUGCCCACGAACUUCUUCUUGCUACACAAGAUAUCUAAAGGAGAAAAAAUAAAUCCUUAUUCAAGAGUUUUCUGUUGGGACCUCUGGGUUUGCAUGGCAACAAUAAUUAUACUAAGCUUUAUAGGUGCUUGUCUUUGCACGCACAAGCUCUGUCACUGUAAGACUACCAUCAAAAAGACGAUUUGUAAAGCAAUGAACGAGUAUAAGCAUCAGCCUAAGUUAAGACAUCUUAUGGAUGUUAUACAAUGGGGAAUGAAGUGUUGUGGGCUUGAAUCCUAUACGGACUGGUUUAGUAAAGACUGGUACGACUUUACGCGCGAUUACGAGUGGGAUCCCACUUCUGAUACAAAACUACGUUCGAAGGGGACGGCGUUCGUUACUGAUAGCGUUCCUCUCAGUUGCUGUAAAACGGGAUCAUGCAUAUCGAAUUACUUGACGGAGAUGGGAACCACAUCUAUACAUUUGUCGGGAUGCGCUAAACGUUUCUAUGAAUUAGUCAUGGGUGCCCUGGCUCUUCAAUUGAUUAUGUUUUCGACCGUUUGUGUUGUUGAGCUUAUAGUUUUCACUCUGACUUUAACCAAGUGUGAGUGUGAAGAAGGCAAUAAAUAUUCUAAGAAGGGCAAAACUCGCGUUUACGACGUAAAGCAUCUUCUCACCGCGAACCCCAACUUUGACUGGAGCGGUUCGCUUGAAUCAGCUUCUGAUGAUAGUGAUGAUGAAUCGGUUUCACCCAAGAAAGAAGUGCGAGAUGUUCCUGAAUCGCCGCCUGGACUGCCCUAAUUGCAAACACCGUGAACCAUUGUUACCGAAUACCAGGAACCUGUAAUAGGGACAGCACUGCAUUUUUUGCCAUGCUAAAUUGAACCUUAUAACCGAGCCAGAAAGGCGUCAUCAGACAAGCAAAAAAGGUCCACAUGAGAGGAUAAAGUUGGGGCUGAAGUCUCACUUGCACGUGUGGCCAGUGUUAAGACUUCCAUAGUAGUAGCAUUUUAUCGGUAUUCUACCUAAGUUUAAACAAACUGGCAAAUCAUUAUGAUGUAGUGUAUUAUGAAGUCAUUAAACCAAAUACUGGUAGCACCAAUUACAGUGAUGACGUCACUAAUGAUGUUGACAAUGACAUUGGCAGUAGUGCGAGCGAGACACCAGCCCCAACUUUGCCCUCUCACGUGGACAUACUUUUUGGUCAAUGUUCUCUGUCCGGUUAAUUCUCUAGGUUCGUGCUGAUCACUAGUGAUAUAAGGGAGAGCGGUGAAAAAAUAUCUGUUUCUCUCUCUAUCA